UCUACAGACAUGUGAACUCAUCUUUGAAUGAGGAACUGAAAGUGAAAAAAGAAAACCUCCAGCAGUCCCCAAGUACAGAUCAGAAACCGACUGCCGGAUUCUGGAUCUGAUUGUGGAGUUCGAGUGCCUUUUGGAAGGUGGCGGGUCUCUCAGCAGUUGAAGGUCUGAGAUGCUUCUACAGCAGCUGCUGGUCCUGCUUGUUUCCCUGCAUGCUUUGGGGAUGGAGGUGUUUGACGGCAUGGAGUCGGUCCAGCUGCCCUGCCAGGUCAACGUCUCUGUUUCCAUGGAGUCCACGAUUGUGUGGAGCCGUGAGGACCUUAAGUUUUCUACUGUUCACAUCCAUCAGCAGAGCGGCGAUGAUCUGUCUGAGCAGAACCAGCGUUACAGCAAUAGAACCAUGAUGAGCAAGGAUGCUCUGCAGACCGGAGACCUCAGUCUGACUCUGAAGAACCCUUCUGUCUCUGACAGUGAGACAUACACCUGCACUGUCCGCAGGUUCGGACAGGAAUUGAGUCGAAUCCAUGUACCUCUCCAAGUAAAGGAACGUCCUCAUCCGACAUGGUUGAUAAUUGUGUCAGUGGUGCUGAUUCUAUUUUUCGUCCUGGCUGCUGUCUUUGGUUUGGUCAUCUACAGGAGAUACAAGAGGAUAAAACAUGAUCCAGUCUACAAGCUGCAAGUGGUGAAGACUGAAGAGGGGGCGGAAGCUGUUGUCCUGCCCUGUAAAACCAAAGUUCGUCUUCCUCCCACGGCAACAGUAGAGUGGAGACGUGUAGACGCGGACCAGGUGGUCCACCUGUAUCCAAGCACCCAGGCGGAUCGGCCUGAGAUGAUUAGAGGUCUUACACAGAUGGAAGACAACCCGUUAAGAACCGGAGAUCUCAGUCUGACUUUGUUCAGCCCCAACCACUGUGACAGUGGUCUCUAUGUCUGCACCGUCCAAAAGGAUGGACACAACCUGAAGCAGAAGGUCGUGUCUCUCUUUGUCAAAGAACAUCUGCUCUGGUCUGAUACGAACUCCGACCAAACCGACCACAUGCUUGAGAGGAACAGCCUGAGACAGAGUCUGAAGAGCAGCCUUGGAGGACGAUUUUACAACAAUCAAUCUUGUUGCUCUUUGACUUACGACAGAAGUGGAUCUCAGCUUAACAGGUCACAGAGGAUGGAGAUGGAGACUCCAGAAGUCUCCAGAAUUCUGCCAGUUUUCCAGGAAUGUACUAGAUUAUCAGUGAGGUCAUCCAGCGAACUGUCUCUCUCUAGUCUUCCGCCUGUGUAAUGUUUCUGCAGAGAGGAAGAUCAAAUGGUUGGACAGACCUUCACAUGUGGACAUGUCCGUGGUACUGGAUAUCUCUACUUGUCCCGGUGUUCAAGUUCUGCAGAACCCAGCCGGCUUUUUAGAACACCUUCAAGUCAAGUACAUGUGCAGCCUUCACUAAUCGUGACUUUUCCUCCUCCAUGCUUCCCUUUGGAUGCAUGUUAACUAUUUUUUUAUUUUUUUUUAAUGAAAAUGUUUUAUUGUUGGUGUAUUUUUACAUAAAGUGUUUUCUUACAGUAAAAUUUUUGAUA